GUUUGGGUCUGGCCGCGCAUCACGCGACGAAUCUUUGCUGAGGUAAGUUAUGCAUAGAUGAUAUUAACACCUCCUGUCGGAGCUGCUUGCACGUUCCCGCGGCUGUCAGGCGCCGCGUGGUGCGGUGGAGCAACGGCACAUGCUCGACUGCCCUUUCAGCACAGGCUUGCUGAGUAUGAUUCGAUUGUUCGGCAGCUGAAGAUCACUCAAUACCCUUUACACCAGAAGCGCAGCGGGAAAAGCAGGCUGGGCUACGUCAGUGCAACAUGUUAUUGCGAAGCUGUCGCGGUCGCGGUAGCUGCUCAAGGGAGGAUGAGACUGGACUUUCCCACCGAUCAGUGUCUUGAGCACCGACUACCACACAUCCACCAAAAUGGCGAUCAUGCAUCUGUGUACCAGGUACAUGGCAAAGCGCGACUGGCGCUCCGUCGUGGUGUUGAGACAAAGUGAUGACGUGCAGCUUCCCCGCGCACCUCAACCAGUCUGCUGGUAGUGAGGCGCAUUGAGCGUGGCUGAUACAUUGUCUGAGACAAAUUCGUUGCCUUCACGGACGUGUUGAAGAGUCG